UGUAAGGGUAUAAGAAAAGUCAGCCAGGCAACAGACUUGUUGGUCUAACUUGUGUAGCUAGUUCCGUGUUGUGCAAUGGACGGCCGUCUAGAGACUGAUUUGUAUCCUAUGGGAUCUACUUACGUCACUGAACUAGACAGUGUCCACGAUAUUACAGUUGGUACAAAGAGAGGAUCAGACGAGCUUUUCUCCUGCGUGGCAAACGGACCCUAUAUAAUGACCAGCGCAGCAGCCAAUGGCAAUGACAGCAAGAAGUUCAAAGGUGACAUAAGGGGCCCGGGCAUCCCGUCGCGCGUCAUCCACGUGCGCAAGCUCCCCAACGACAUCAAUGAGGCCGAGGUCAUCUCCCUGGGCCUGCCCUUUGGCAAAGUCACCAACCUGCUCAUGCUCAAAGGAAAAAACCAGGCCUUCAUAGAGAUGAACACCGAGGAUGCGGCUCAGACCAUGGUCAGCUACUACUCCUCGGUGACGCCGGUCAUCCGCAACCACCCCAUCUUCAUGCAGUACUCCAACCACAAGGAGCUCAAGACGGACAACUCCCCCAACCAAGUGAGAGCCCAGGCGGCACUGCAGGCAGUGAACGCAGUCCAGGCAGGGGGCAUGCCCAUGGCAGGGGGCAUGCCCAUGGCAGGGGGCAUGCCCAUGGCAGGGGGCAUGCCCAUGGCAGGGGUGGAUGCCUCGGGGGGCAUGGGUGGGCACAGCCCUGUGCUGCGCGUUAUAGUGGAGAACCUGUUCUACCCAGUCACCCUGGAUGUGCUGCAUCAGAUCUUCUCUAAGCUCGGCACAGUGCUGAAGAUCAUCACCUUUACCAAAAACAACCAGUUCCAGGCCCUGCUGCAGUACUCGGACGGUCUGACCGCUCAGCACGCUAAACUGUCUUUAGAUGGGCAGAACAUCUACAAUGCCUGCUGCACCCUCCGCAUCAACUUCUCCAAGCUGACCAGCCUGAACGUGAAGUACAACAACGACAAAAGCCGCGACUACACGCGGCCUGACCUGCCCACGGGAGACAGCCAGCCCUCCAUCGACCACCAGGCCAUGGCUGCAGCCUUCGGUGAGUACUAUGGUGCUCCCGGGAUCAUCUCAGCCAACCCGUACGCAGGAGCUCAUGCCUUCCCCCCGGCCUUUGCCAUUCAGCAAGCUACAGGCCUGACGAUGCAUGGUGUCCCCGGAGGCCUGGCCCAACUGACCAUGCCCGUGGCGGCUGCAGGCAGAAUGGGCUUCCACCAACUCUCCGGUGGCCACUGUGUCAUGCUGGUCAGCAACCUCAACCCAGAGAGAGUUACGCCCCAAUGCCUCUUUAUUCUUUUCGGUGUAUAUGGCGACGUGAUGAGAGUGAAGAUCCUGUUCAACAAGAAGGAGAACGCUCUGAUCCAGAUGUCUGAUGGGACUCAGGCGCAGCUAGCAAUGAGCCACCUGAAUGGCCAGAGGCUCCAUGGGAAAGCGCUGCGCGUCACCCUGUCCAAACACACCAAUGUUCAGCUGCCCCGCGAGGGCCAUGAGGACCAGGGCCUGACAAAGGACUACAGCAACUCACCCCUGCACCGCUUUAAGAAGCCCGGCUCCAAGAACUACUCUAACAUAUUCCCUCCCUCAGCCACCCUGCACCUCUCAAACAUCCCUCCCUCUGUGGUUGAGGAUGACCUCAAGAUGCUGUUUGCGAGCUCCGGUGCAAUGGUCAAGGCCUUCAAGUUCUUCCAGAAAGACCGCAAGAUGGCCUUGGUCCAGAUGAGCUCAGUUGAGGAGGCCAUAGAGUCCCUCAUCGAGUUCCACAAUCACGACCUGGGUGAGAACCACCACCUGAGGGUCUCCUUCUCCAAAUCUACCAUCUGAGGGGUGCAGCCCAAAACGCUACUGCUAAUGGGCUGCCCCCAUCCCUUCACGACCUCUACUAUGUCAAGUUGUGGGGAAGCGACUCUUGUCGUGAAGUAGCAUCCACCACAGCAAUCACUUCCAUCAUUCCUAGUAUAUUUAUAUACGCAUAUCUAUGUAAGUCGACCUAUAAACCAUAUGGAAAAGAAACGUGCACACCCGAUUUUACUGGGUAAAAAAGAAAAGUUUUAUGUUUCUAUCAUCUUGCCUUUGCGAGGUAAAUUAAUUCCUUGCUCUCUGCACCGACAGAAGUAGUUUACACUUGCCUGUCUGAGUCUGAUUUAAGAGAUUGGCGUAGCCUGAACUUCAGUCUUUUGGUAAAUUCCAUUUGCCCUUGGGUUCCAACACCACUAAGUUCUGAGGUACUUCUGUGAUGCCUCAUGUCCUCUUUGCCUUCAGAUGUUUUCUGUGCCUUACUCCAGAAGUCUUGUCCUUCAAUUUGAUACGUUGGCAUUUUACAGCCAAAACAAAAUUUAGCUUAUCUUCCUCUCUCCAAUUCUUGCUUGCGAAGACCAGGUUUACAGCUGAUAUGGGUUUACCGUUUGUAUAAAAUGUAUUACAAGGUGGUUCAUCCCCCCCAUGUAUUAUGAAGGUUUUCUUUUUAGUCUUAUUUUAAGUAAGAUGAGCUAGUUAGUUGGGAAGAUUAAAUCCACAACUCAUUAUCUAGCUUUUUUAUUUUUUAAAUAUGUAAACCCCUUGUACCAGGGUUUGUGAUUAUUAGUCUUGUUUACUGUAUGUCUAGAUGUAGGUUUGCAUUUUUUAUGAAAUAUAUGCAAUAAGUUUUGUACAAAUCCAGUAUUGUACACAUUGUUAUUCCUAUAUACUGUUGUAUCUUAUAGGUAUUGGUCAGUGGUUGCCUUAACGACUGUGCCUUAGCAAAAGGUCUUACUAGAACUUUCCUGAUAAGUAUGGCUUACAAUGUCUUAUGAUUUGUCUUAAUGGCUUGCCUCCUGAUGCAGUGGCUGUCAAUUUAGUAUAUUUAUACAAUUUUGUGAUACACUACAGCGCAAAACCAAAUAAGGCCUUUUUGCAAGUUAUUUUAGCGAACCUGUAUACACAGCUUUAUUCAUAAUGCACUGCCACAGAGUUGUGGUAGUCUGCCUGCCCAUUAUAGCACAUUUUACAAGGCUCUUACGGGGAUCAGACAAAAGCGGACUAUUGUGACUCUGCUGCUGUGAAUUAUAAAAUAAACUUAAGAAUUGGAAGCGUCUGUCAGUUGAAUGCCAAGAUGAAUGAUGGUUAUUUCACAUAUUUACAUGUGCUCCUAAAACAAGAGUGAAUACUUUCAUAUGUCUGUUACUCGGCAUAGUGUUUUCAAAGGCCUUAUCACAAGGGGUUAGUAGCCUUAUUGUACAGGGCUGUGACUUUACCUUAAUGCAGUCAUUGCUAACGGCAAUACGGCACCCUCUUUCAUGGUAGUCUAUGGACUGGACUUGUGGAUCUGGACAACGUUCAACUUAAAUUGAAAUCCAUUUUGCGUUUUUGGAGAAGUGCCUUUCAAACUAAGCCUUUUUUGGUCUGUUUAGAAACGUAUGUUCCUGCCUUAAGUCCCCUCAGGCUCAUAGGAAAUGCACACAUCUGGCAUAAAUGUAAAGGUCUGCAGUGAUUCUGCUACAGUGAAGGUGGACACUGUUGUAGAUCACAUUUUAAAAGGUAAUUAUCAGUCUUAAUACUUGGACAUUCCACAUGUGCAUAAUUUUAUAUUGGGAAAUGUUGAGGUUCUUUCCUCAAUUAAUUGCAUCAAGUUCCUUAUUUUAAAUUGGUGCAAAGCAAUAGAAUUUCAGGGUCAUGUGAGGAACCACAGUGCUCAGACAUUGUUCGAUCACUAGUUUUCUUGAACACCAGUUUAUUACAUGCUAACCUAUUCAUAAUUGGACUCCAGCAAUGCAGAGGAUUGACAAUUUGUUUGUAGAUUACUCAAGAAUAAGCGACACUUGUCUCCAUAUCAAUAUGUAGCAUGUACUGCUAUUAUAGGUAUUUUACUUGCUUUGCAUAUCCCAGGCCAGGAGUGGAUUUCCCAAUUAUGCAAAAUUGCACAGCAUUUAAAAUCAUUACAACCUCAAUCACUUAACAUUAAGAUGGCAGGAUUUCUUCAAGUGAGGUCAUUGUCAGGGGGGUGAAAAGCUGUAUAUAGUUUCUUUUGUACCACAAAGUUGGUAUUCAGAAACGAUAGGUUUUAUAGCUAUGAAACAUGUAUAUUUUGAUUACAGCUUGGGACCUUUCUCUUGAGCCUCUUAGUAAAAAAAACAUCACAAUUAAAUUGUUUUCUAACACAAAAAAUGGGUCCCUUUUGGUCAUUAGUGUUGUGUAGCUUAAACUUUUCUUGAAAUUGUGCCUUCAAUAAAUAUUUUCACUGC